GUGGCAGAGAAUGGAGGAAACAAGGGCACACUAUCAAAAGUACCCACUCGAGCAUCUCCACAUAAAGAUACCAUCGCGAUUGUGCCGAUGUAACCUUAUUUUAAACGGCACCUCCUCCUCCUCCGCACCAAAUAAACCCAUUUUUGCCUCUCGGAAAUGGCGUCUCCGCUUCUCCUCUCCAUCUCAACCCCUUUCCGCCUCUCCUCUCCCCAUCGCUUCCCUUCUCUCUGCAACGGCGCGACCCACUCGCUCCGCCGUGCCCCUUCCCUUCCCUUUCCCCAACCCUCAGACACACCUCGCCUUUGGCGCCCCAGUCCGUGCGGUUCCCUUCGGUUUGCGGCUAGCGUUCGUGCUGGAGGGACCUCCAUUGGCGGAGCGGAAUCGGAGAAUCCCUUGCCCGAUGAAUCUCCCGUCGGCGAAGAUUCUGCAGCGUUUGAACUGAGGGAGCAGAAACUCUCUUCCUGGGCCUAUUUCACCGCCAUACUCGGUGUCGUGCUCGGUGCGCUUAACAUUCUGUGGAUUAGCCCGUCUACAGGGUUCGGCGCCGCAUACAUCGAUGCCGUUUCUGGACUUUCAGAGAGCCCGGAGGUUGUGCUGUUGAUGCUUGUUUUCAUUUUCGCUGCUGUCCAUAGUGGUUUGGCUAGUCUUCGAGAUUCUGGUGAAAAGCUCAUUGGAGAGAGGGCUUUCCGAGUUAUAUUUGCUGGGGUUUCACUUCCUUUGGCAGUUAGUACUAUCGUUUACUUCAUCAAUCAUAGAUAUGAUGGUACUCAAUUGUGGCAACUUCAGAAUGUUUUUGGAAUCCAUGAGCUAGUGUGGUUCUCAUCCUUCAUUUCUUUCUUCUUUCUCUACCCAUCCACCUUCAAUCUGUUGGAAGUUGCUGCCAUUGAUAAGCCAAAAUUGCAUCUCUGGGAAACAGGAAUCAUGAGAAUCACUAGACACCCUCAGAUGGUUGGGCAGGUAAUAUGGUGUUUAGCACAUACGCUAUGGAUCGGAAACACAGUAGCAGUGGCAGCCUCUAUCGGCUUAAUAGCUCACCACCUGUUUGGCAUUUGGAAUGGUGAUAGGCGUUUGGCAUUGCGAUAUGGUAAACAAUUUGAAGAUUUAAAGAGAAGAACAAGUGUGCUUCCAUUUGGUGCCAUCUUAGAUGGACGCCAAAAGUUACCUGAUGAUUACUACAAGGAAUUUCUCCGGCUACCUUAUUUGACAAUCACAGCUCUGACUCUUGGUGCAUAUUUUGCACAUCCACUGAUGCAAGCGUCCAGUUCUCAACUUCAUUGGUGAUCAGUUGUAUGCUUGUAUUACUGAUUGUAUAAAUUAAUUUGGGUGGUGAAGAAUGAUGUGUCAUUGUAGAAUUAAAUUGGACAAAGAUCAAAAAGCGUCCUAGGUUUAUCACUCUUUUUUUUUUUUUAAAAAAAAUAAAUAAAAUGAAAAGUUAAAAGGGCCCUACUGUAUGAUAAGACUCUUACUUUCCGGAAGAAAUUUACAGUCUUAUUCUAUUUUUAUAA